AGAGAGAGAGAGAGGAGAGGGGAGCGCUGGUGAAAAGAGACGCUUUCCUGAGCUACUUGGAGAAACAGCACCAGGCUUGACACUGAGUGAUGACCGUGGCGCAGAGAGACUCAGCAGACCGGGAAUAAAAACGCGGAAUAAAACACACACACACACACACACACACACACACGCACAGGGGAGGAGGGUGCUCGGUUUGUGGAUACCUGCGCGUCUCCGCUCCGGCCGCAGGUGCGCUACAAUCCCCGUGAAAGGAGACUUUUUUUCUGGUCCGGAGAGGGAAGUGAGAGAGGAAGAUAUCUGUAGGAUUAUUUCUCCUUUCCGGUCUCAUCUGUGUCUCACUCAUUCUGAAAGCAAACUUUCUCAGCCCUCUGCAGCGUCCGCAACCGCAUUUCAACUCCAGGUCUGAGGCAAGAUCUGAAAUAGGAGGUUUUUAAAUUCGUGGACUGUUCACUUAGACUGCUUGUGAACGCGGAUUACACCGGACACCGUCUCCAAUCAGAGAGGAGCAUUCCUCAGAACUCCAAACUUGUGUCUUGUGACGCCAAGCGGAGUCUUUCCAUCUCAUCGGUGUUUUUUUUUCUCUUAAUGUGCUGAUGAAGAGGACAAUGUCUGGAUUAUUACUGCUCAGCCUGCCCCGGGGAAGAGGGGAAGAGUGAGGGAAGCAGACAGAGAAGGAGUGUAAAGAGGAGGAAGAGGAGGAGAAGAAGAAGAAGAAGAAGAAGAAGGAGGGAAGUCGGUGGCGUUUGGCUGCCGUCUACUAGUUCGUUCGCGCCUUUGCCGCUCGGGCUCUCCCACCUCUUUUUUUACUGGAUACACGGACACACAUCAAGAGACGCACGGGGAGGACCUGCGUUCACACCCUGGGAGUGGAACGACUGCACUCUCCUCUGGUUGUGGAUUUGGCUUGUCCUUUAUGUCUGUCAGACUAUCCGGAAGAUUCGGAUGACUGCCAGUGGGAGGUGACUGUCAGAAGAAAUGCCGGUCCUAGGUGCCCUAGUACAUCACCACCGGGACCAUGGCGACUCAUUGGCCGAUGAGAAGAGAGAGGUGCUCCCAUGGCUCCUCCUGCCUUGCUAGAUGGUCGGCGUCCUCCUUGAUGUUCCUAUGGUUGCCGUGGGUGUUGCUGUGGCUGCCGUGGCCCACCCGAGCUGAACAAGUGGGCGGUGGGGCACACGGCGGGAAGGUGCUCCAUGGUUCCCUGUCAUCCCCCUCGUCCUCCUCAUCGUCCUCCUCGUCCUCCUCCUCCUCUUCGUCCCCGUCCGGCACAUCGCCGUGGGGCUUCAGCGCGAGGCAGAGCGGAGGGCAGCUGGACUGGCUCCUGUCAGAGAAGGGACCUUUCCACAGAUGUCCUGAGUACACGGAGUUCAGAGAGAGGUUCCAGCAGGGAUUUUCUACCAGAUACAAGAUUUACAGGGAGUUCAGCCACUGGAAGGUGAACAGCCUGGCGACAGAGAAGAGAGAUUUCCUCAAAGCUCCGUUGCCCUUAGCGCCAGAGUUCCUACGCAACCUGCGGUUACUGGGGCGACGGCCAACCCUGCAGCAAAUCAACGAAAACCUCAUCAAGAAGUACGGGACCCACUUCUUAGUUUCUGCUACCCUGGGAGGAGAGGAGUCUUUGACCAUUUUCCUGGACAAGCAGAAGCUGAAUAAGAAGUCGGAGGGUAACAGCAACAGCUCAGUGGUGUCUCUGGAGCUGCUCCAUCAGCUGGCCGCUUCCUACUUCACAGAUCGAGAGAGCACCCUGAGGCGACUGCACCACCUCCAGAUCGCCACCUCUGCUAUCAAGGUAACAGAAACAAGGACGGGACCUCUCGGCUGCAGUAACUACGACAGCUUGGAUUCAGUUAGCUCGGUGUUGGUGCACAGCCCGGAAAAUAAGAUCCACCUAAAGGGCUUGCAAGAUGUCCUGCCAGAGUUCCUGCGUGGGCGUUUUGUGGAGGCAGCCCUCAGCUAUGUGGCGUGCAACUCAGAGGGCGAGUUGCUUUGCCGCAACAACGACUGCUGGUGCCGGUGCUCAGCCCGCUUCCCAGAAUGCAACUGUCCCUUCGCUGACAUCAAUGUCAUGGAGGAGAACCUGGAGAAGAGCAAAGAGCGCUGGAGCAGCUUCAACCAAGAGUUCAUGGAAUCAGAUGAAUUCAAAGCCUUCCUGAAGCGCUUGCCCGCUGACCGGUUCUUGAAUGUGUCCAUGAUCGCCAAGUUUUGGUCGGCUGACUUGUCCCUCCAGAAGCGCUACGCCCAGCUGGAGUCCAGCACUGCCCUGGUCCUGGGCAAAGCCCAGAAGAUCAUCAGGAAGCUGUUCACCCUGAGCAAACGCUGCCCCAAACAGCCUCGCAUCAGUCUGCCCCGAGAGAGGCCUGUUGGGUUUUGGUUGAGCAAGGCCCAGUCUCUGCUCUACUGCAAUGAGCACGGAGUGCUAGGCUUCUUCUCAGAAGAGGUGAGGAGCUGUAUCUGCCCUGUGGAGCAGCCCACCUGCCAGGGAGUCAUUCCCUGCAUUGUGGGCACCUCAUCCACCUCCUGUUCCUCUUGUGCCACUGACAACGCAACCCGCUGCGGAGCCUGUCACCAUGGCAACCUUCUGCAUCUUGGAUCCUGCCGGCCAAGCAUCGCCGCAUCCCUGGACCACUAUCUGAACUUGGACUUGGACAUGCCUGAUGCUGAGGUGAAGUACCUGCUUCAGCGACUGGACAGCAGAAUAGAGGUCCACGCCAUCUACAUCAGCAACGACGUCCGCCUAGGGAGUUGGUUCAACCCUGCCUGGAGAAAGAGGAUGUUGCUGACACUCAAGAGUAACAAAAACAAGUCCAAUCUCAUCCACAUGCUGAUGGGCAUUUCUUUCCAGAUAUGCUCAACUAAGAAUUCAACACUGGAGCCCGUACCUGCGAUUUAUGUGAAUCCUUUUGGAGGAAGUCACUCGGAGAGCUGGUUCAUGCCGGUGAACCAGCCUGAAUUCCCUGACUGGGAGAGAACUCGACUGGACGCUGUCGUCACGGCACAGUGUUACAACUGGACACUGUCUCUGGGCAACAAAUGGAAGUCCUUCUUUGAAACAGUGCAUAUCUACCUGCGAAGUCGCAUCGUCACAGAUGAUCCAACAGUGAAUGAGACUCUCUUCUAUGAACCGUUGGACUUGGAUGACCACACGUCAAACCUGGGGUAUAUGAAGAUCAACACACUGAAAGUGUUUGGAUACAGCAUGCACUUUGACCCUGAGGGCAUCAAGGAUCUGAUUCUCCAGCUGGACUACCCCUACACGCAGGGUACGCAGGACGCUGCGUUUCUGAUGUUGUUGGAGAUGAGAGACCGUAUUAACCGGCUGUCUCCACCAGCACCGCAGCCACUUGACCUGUUUUCUUGUCUGUUGCGCCACCGGCUCAAGCUGUCGGCUGGAGAGGUGGCACGCAUCAAGGACUCUCUGCAGAUCUUCAACUCCAAGCUUCCCAAUGCUUCUCCUGAACCUGAGCUGGCCCAGCUGUGCAGCUAGCUAGCUUAGCACACAAGUCAGGUUCAGGAGUGAUACUACACAUAGAAAGUGCUUCAGGGACAGCCCUAGACUGAGCGGAGGAGGUCCUACUACAGUAAAUUGGCCUCUUGGACCUAAAUUGUCUGGAUUAAUAGAACAUCCAACUCUAAAGGCUGACUGCUGGGCUUUUCUUAUGGCCACCCUUGGCUAGUUUUCUGGUGUCACAUUUUUAUCAUAAAUUGCUACCAGAGUCCUUUGACGAACAAUCACGUUGUGGACUUUUGGGAGAACAGCUGAUACUUGGACUUUCUUUCAGAGGCUACUGUACUAGCCUGGAGGCUUACUUUUGCUAUUACUGCCCUGCUUUUGGCAAACUGUUCGACUGGAUGAAGCUAAAAAACUCUCAGACCGUCAGGUUUUGUGAUCUGGAACCUCAGAGAGACGAUGUCACUAAGUAUACUUUAGACCUCUGCCUUGCAAAGACAAAGGCGAUUUUGAUAUGUAAAGAGGAACUUGUAAGGGGUCUUCAAAAAUGAGUUAAUGGAAGAGGAUUUCCUCUUUUCUAACCCUAUUUUCUUUGGCUACAGAACAAUCUCGUGGGAAGGGAAAAUGGGAUAAUAUUAUAUAUGUGGUGAAUGAGUUGUUAUGUUAUGCUUAACAGUUUAAAAUUUGAUAAUCCUGAACCCUGUUACUGUCUUUGAAUAUUUCUUUUUAAUCCCCGCCUUCCAUUUUACCUGGCAUUUGAAAACUUGUAAGUAUCUAUGCUUAACAUCGGAGUGAGAAGCCUGUUAGUGAUGUUCUGUCCUUGGUGGUGUGUCUAUACCAAAAGAAGGUGAACACAUCGGCAAACUGAAUGGCAAAAUAUCUUAAAUGUUGAGUUAUUUUUUUCUCUGAGCUGAAAAUCAUAAAGAAAUCUUCUGAUGUGGUAACAAAAAGGUCUGCGGAUACAGCGCUGUAAAUAAUGCUCCAUCUAACCCCAGGUGUGAACAAGUGCACAUUGCUUUUUAGAUAACCGAGUGCAAAGACCAAAAAAAUGUUUAUAAGAAAACAAACUCAUGCCUUAUAUGGAGAGUCAAUGUUAAGAUAAGAAGCACAUUUAGUUUCUGUGUUUGAUUUCCCAGCGAAGGCUGUAUUGCUUUUUAUAUUUCAAUAUUUCUACCAAGACAGAACAACAGACACAUUCUCCAGUGGUAAUGUAGCUUUUCCAUGUAAAUGCCAGUCACACUAUUUCUGCAGUUACUUGUUUUGAUUUGGUGUUGUGAAACUUUGAGCCACUAUUCACAGUGCACAACGGUACUUGCAUACUGUAACUGUUCUGCAAAACCCUUCUAUCUCCACUUUUACAAACUCUCAGUAAGUCAUGGUUGAUUAUAUUUUGGUUUUAAAAAUGUUUUCAAUGGUUUGGUUUAGUCUCAGGUCAAUGAAACUGUUUUUUCCCCCACGUGGGUCCAAUGUCAGACGCCAGUUACCACGGUGACUGAAGUUACAAGGUUUCUGCAGGCCAAUGAUGAGAGCUGAAAAUUUACCAGGAUGAUACUUGAUAUGAUUCUACAUUUCCUUCACUAAUUUCUCACUGAAAGUCAGUAAACCUUGUGUCAUUUUCAGCAGUUCUUCUGUGCUCAGCUUGCUUAAGUAAAAACAAAGUGGUUUAUCUAUUUGGGAUCCUUUUCCUGCUUUCAACUCUAAUUGUUAUAACAUGUGUACUAUGAAAUAACACAUUGAUGAGUAUAUUACAGAACAGGUUGUCUUUGACUUGUGAAAACCCAGUCCAGGCACAAGGCCAGUGUGUGUUGUUAUAAUGGAUGUUUCACUAGGGAAAUUCAGCCAAAUGCUCAUUGUAAAAAGUCUAAUCAGUUUCUAAUAUGUAGUGAAUUCACUGUUUAUUAAACUUCAAAGUUCAAAUUCAAGUAUAAUUAAGGCAUAAUCCCCAAAUCACCCACUGGUCUCACUUGCAGACUGCUCUGCUGUCACUCAUCUUUCAUUUCCAUACAGAGAUGCACAUUUUUUUUAGAGAUAUAACUUUAAACUUUAGCAAACAUUGCUAAGCUAACCCUGUCUCCUGGAAAUUACAUUUGUAUAUUACUUAAUUUUUUUCAUAAUUAUGUUGUGGUAACGAUGUAAUAUCUGCCUGGAUUAUGUUCAGACACAAUGUUUGUUUGAGUGAAUAAAACAGUGCAAUUAUGUAA